AAUAGUUGGCUGAUCUGUACACACUAAGCCAUCGGGGCAGACGAAAGUUUGAUCUACUGUAGGACUAUCUCCGCCGAAACAAAAUUGAUACGAAGUCUGAUUUAUGCAAGCCACUCCAUUGCUUUGACAGACAUUACAAUUUCCCUGGACCUGCAGCAGCAAAUUAGUGCUCAGCGCGAGGAAUAUGAAUAGCUUAUUACGCAUUUUUAUGCUCACAACUCUGAAGACGAUAUUUCUAUGGGCCGGCUGACGUUUUUGGCACUGCUUUUAAAUGCUUCUUUCCCAUUAUCACUUGAAUUUAAAACAUAACCACAAAAGUUUAUGACGGCGCAUGAUUCACAGGGCCAAAGGCUUAUAGGUGGUAUCAAAUAAAUCUGGCGACCUUGAUUUAUAUGGCGAAAAGUUAGUUUAUCUUUACAAUCUACGCACAAUUAGGCUAUAUAAACAGAAAUGCCGCUUUGCAAAUAGUAAGACUGGUGCUCUUAAGAAACCAUCAUAGUCAGACCUAUUUCGGUGUUUAACGAAACCACGCAACCGCCACUAGACAUGCAAUUCCUAGCAAUAACGUUAAUAUUGCUGCUAUCUAAUUUCAACUGCUCCCUGGCACAGUCCAGAUGCAAUCAAUGUUUGGAAAACGGAAUAGCCUGCCUGGAUACAUGGCGUUAUGUAUCCUGUACUGAAGAUGUGCCCGGGAUCGAUGUCAAUUCUUGUCCCAGCGGCAGUGUGUGCACCAACCAAGCGGAGAUUUGUGCGACACCUACGCAGGAAACAACUGCCGCCUGCUCUGAGGAUAGAUGUUCGAAUUGUGAUCUGACAAAUAGAGUCUAUGCUUGCCUGGAUGAAUACACAUUUGGUAUCUGCUAUAAUCAAAAUACGGUCCAUGAAGGAUCUAUUCAACAGUGUCCAGAAGGACGCUAUUGCAGUGUGGAUCCUCCGAUAUAUUGUACUCCGACCGAAUCAUCUGUUCCCACUUGUGCGAGUCGACCACCAGAUGUCUCUACUGAAUCAUCCGCUCCAACUACGUCGGAAUCCACAACGAUUUCAAGUACUGAGUCCUCUACGUCUGACCCUUCGACUACAUCGGAAUCCACAACGAUUUCAAGUACUGAAUCCUCUACGUCUGAUCCUUCGACUCCAUCGGAAUCUACAACAAUUUCAAGUACUGAAUCCUCUACGUCUGAUCCUUCGACUCCAUCGGAAUCUACAACGAUUUCAAGUACUGAAUCCUCUACGUCUGACCCUUCAACUACAUCGGAAUCCACAACGAUUUCAAGUACUGAAUCCUCUACGUCUGACCCUUCGACUACAUCGGAAUCCACAACGAUUUCAAGUACUGAGUCCUCUACGUCUGAUCCUUCGACUCCAUCGGAAUCUACAACAAUUUCAAGUACUGAAUCCUCUACGUCUGAUCCUUCGACUCCAUCGGAAUCUACAACGAUUUCAAGUACUGAAUCCUCUACGUCUGACCCUUCAACUACAUCGGAAUCCACAACGAUUUCAAGUACUGAAUCCUCUACGUCUGACCCUUCGACUACAUCGGAAUCCACAACGAUUUCAAGUACUGAGUCCUCUACGUCUGAUCCUUCGACUCCAUCGGAAUCCACAACGAUUUCAAGUACUGAGUCCUCUACGUCUGAUCCUUCGACUCCAUCGGAAUCCACAACGAUUUCAAGUACUGAAUCCUCUACGUCUGAUCCCUCGACUACAUCGGAAUCCACAACGAUUUCAAGUACUGAGUCCUCUACGUCUGAUCCCUCGACUACAUCGGAAUCCACAACGAUUUCAAGUACUGAGUCCUCUACGUCAGACCCUUCGACUCCAUCGGAAUCCACAACGAUUUCAAGUACUGAGUCCUCUACGUCAGACCCUUCGACUCCAUCGGAAUCUACAACGAUUUCAAGUACUGAAUCCUCUACGUCUGACCCUUCGACUACAUCGGAAUCCACAACAAUUUCAUGUACUGAGUCCUCUACUUCUAGUCGUCCUUCUUCUUCCGAAUCUACCAUGGAUUCAUCUACUACCCCUUCUACUGUCUCUCCGACAGAUUCUGCGUCAACCACGACGCCAGUACCCACAACAGUACACCCUGUCACGUUUUGUGCCAAUGUACAGAUGGAAGGUAGCUUCAGAGUAGAAAGCGAUCCAACGUGCAAAGAUUAUAUUUAUUGUUAUGAUCUAUCCGGACAACUUUUGGGCUGGUUAUUUCACUGUAAUACUAAUGAAUAUUUCAAUUCUGAGACUGGACGAUGUGGAACGGAGAGGCCGUCCGAUUGUUAAGAUAAUAAAAUGCGUUGAUAUUAUUUUUAUAUUUAAUAAAUAUUUAAAACAA